AUGAAAGAAGUGGAAGGUAUAAUGUCAUACUUUGAGAAAUAUAGAAUUGAAGGCUUUGAAUCCAGCAUGAAUAUUGCCAAAAGUCUAGCAAUCGAUAUGGAUAUAAAGGCAACACUUCCAACAAAGCGUCGCAUAUUUAGGAAACGACGAUUUGAUGAGAAUGAUAGUGAUGGGGAAAUACAAUCACCCGAGGAAUCUUUUAGAGUUAAUUACUUUUUGGUGGUUGUUGAUAUGGCAAUAACUUCAUUGAACAAUAGAUUUGAGCAAUUACAAGUAUUUCAAACUAUAUUUGGAUUUCUGUUUGAUGCAAAAACAUUAAAAUCUUUGGAUAAUGAUGAAUUAAGAAAAUCUUGCACAAAUUUUAAAACUCAGUUUUCUCAUAAUGAUUUGUCUGAUGUUGAUGCAGAUGAUCUUUUUUCAGAGUUAAAAGUAUUGCAAAUGACUUUGCCAAAUAUGGUGAUGUCCGCAUUUGAAAUUCUUGAGUUUGUCAAAGGUGCAGACUGUUAUCCAAAUGUUUCAAUUGCUUAUCGGAUUUUAAAAUUUCUAUUUAGGCCAGUGACUGUUGCAUCAACUGAAAGAAGUUUUUCAAAACUAAAAUUAUUGAAAAACUACUUGAGAUCGUCAAGAUCACAAGAAAGGUUGAAUGGUCUUGCCAUAUUAUGUAUUGACAAAAAUAUAUUAGAGCAUGUUGAUGUAGAUACUAUUUUUAGUGACUUUGCUUCUAGAAAUGCUCGUAGGAAUUUUCUUAUAUGA